AUGAGUCUCGUUAAAACCGGGGCAGAAAGUCGUAUAAUACCGGAAGCCCAUUCAUCUGUUGCGGAUUCGCAUAUUAUUAGCUAUAGAAAAAUAGUUACGCAUCUGAUCGAAAAUAAACAGCUACCGGAUAAUGGAUUACCGGAGGCCCAAAUCAGGCAUUUAAUCUCUGAACUCGCGCUUUCUGACAGUAAUAACUUCUCGGGCAAAGUAGGAGCUGGUGAACGAGAAGGAAGAGUUUUUAGCCGUAUGGUAUCAGAACGACAUUUCAACUUGACACAUGGAAUCGGGCGCAGUGGUAAUAUCCGGGAUCCUCAGCCAAAAGCAGCGGGAAGCUCCAUAAUUUGCCAGGUGACAGACGAACUCGCGCUAGACGCUACUAGAGCAGUUGGAAUCAAGGGAUUAAAAUCUGGUCUUGUGCUUCCGAUGGCUACAGGGAUGGCUCUUAGAGAGUGCUUCAUUGCUCUUUUACAUUCUCGUCCGACAGCGAAGCAUGUGAUUUGGCCGAGAAUAGAUCAGAAAUCCUGUUUGAAAUCAAUGUUGUCGUUGAAUUUAAUUGUCCAUCCCAUCGAACCCCUCAUGGUUAACUAUCAGUUGGAAACAAAUUUGAAAGCAAUCGAAGAGAAGAUCGAAUCUCUUGGGGCCGAAAACAUUUUAUGCAUCCAUUCUACCAUCUCCUGCUUUGCGCCAAGACGUCCUGACAAAAUUCCUAGUAUUGGGAAAUUAGCAAAAAAAUUUGAAAUUCCACAUAUAGUUAACGGUGCUUACUUUCUAACGAUAAAAAAAGCGAGGCAUUUGGUUCAUGAGUGCGCAACAUCCCAAAAUAAGGCAAGGAUCGACGCGGUCGUAUGCUCCACGGAUAAAAAUUUCCUCACUCCAGUUGGUGGAUCAAUCAUUCUUUCCCCUCACAAGGACGAAGAUGCUAUCACCAAGAGGGUUGCCAAGAAUUAUCCAGGCAGAGCAUGCAUGAGUCCGAUAUUAGACCUAUUUAUAACACUUCUCGAGAUGGGGAGAUCUGGAUACCAACGACUUAUCAAGGAACAAGAAGAGAACUUCUCCUAUCUUGUUUCAGAAUUGAAAAGUUUUGGCGAAGAAAGAAGCAUGGAAAUUCUCGGAUACAACGGAGUGUCAGUUGCGCUCUCAUUAAAACGGUUCAUUCGUGAUGAAGAUGCCGGAAACAGGCAAUUGAUUGAUUUGGGGUCUAGACUGUUUAGACGGAACAUAUCCGGUCCCAGAGUUGUUCCUUGUGAUGGAAUCAAUAAGAGUAUAAAUGGUUUGACGUUCAAGAAUUAUGGAAGCUCUCAUGACGCAUUUCCGCAUCCCUAUUUAGCUCUCGCAUCUGCCAUUGGAAUGGAAAGAAGAGAGAUUGAUAUUCUUCGAAAAAAACUAGCUGAUGUUAUUGACACUGCGAUUAAGAAUCAAUAA